AUGGCUGACACGCAACCUGUCCCGGCGACGGUGACGUCCGCGCAUGGCGCCCAUGCCGAGGCGUUUGGCGAGUCUUUCAUCAUAACACUGAGCUCUGAGAACCUGCGCGUGCAGCUGCUGUCGCAUGGUGCGGCGCUAAACUCCGUGAAGGUGCGCAAACCGCACGCCGCAGCAUCGACGACCGCUGCGGCGUCGGCGACUGCGGAGCAGGACGAUGAAUGGUUGGAGGUGUGCCUCGGCUACACGAACCCGGAGGAGGCCCUCAGCGCCGACGCGGUGGCCGGUCACACUAUUGGACGAUACGCCGGGCGCCUUGCCAAUGGCGAGCUCGAGAUCACGGGAACGACGUAUACGCUCGCCAAAAACUGCGGCCCGCACAACCUCCACGGCGGUCCGGUCGGGUUUCAAAACCAGGAAUGGAAGUACCUGUUGUCGGACGGCGGGGACGAGACCGGUGUGGCGUUCCACCUCGUCUCACCGCACAUGGAUCAGGGCUUCCCCGGUGAACUCUUCGUGACGGCUACCUACAGCAUCAUCAAGUCAGCUCCAGUACCCACCCUCAAGUACGUGCUGCAAGCCUCGCUGUCGGACAACACGCCAGCGGACGUGACGGUGAUCAACCUGACGAACCACGCGUACUGGAACCUGAAUGGUGCUCCUCGACCAGGAGCGGCGGAUGCGGUGGCGCCGCUGCCGCGAAGCAUCGCGAACCACUACCUGCAGUUACAGUCCAAGUACUUUGCCGUCACCGAUGAACUGAGUAUCCCGAAUGGUGACAUGCGUCCCGUCGAGGGCACCCCGCACGACUACUCGGCGCUGCGCUGCGUUGCCGAGGGAAUGGAGGCGACGAAGGAGGAAGGUCGCGACGGUGGCGGCUACGACGACCCGGUCGCCCUUGAAACGUGGGACUCGACCCUGCGGGAGGCAGCUCUGGUGUACAGUCCAGCUACCAAGCUGCGCAUGCAGGUGUGCACCACGAACCCAGCCAUUGUUGUCUACACAGCAAACCACCUGCCGGCCGAUGCCUCUGGCGCAAAAGGCCAGCGCUUCCAGCAGCACAGUGCGAUCUGCCUGGAGUGUCAGUACUUCCCAAACAGUCCCAACGUGCGAGCCUUCCCAUCGACAGUGUUAAAGAAGGGCGAAGCGUACAACGAGACUACGACUCAUGCGUUCCAGUUCAUGAACGCCGACAUCACUCCAGAGGAGAGGCUGCUGCGCCGUCAGUAA